CUUUUAUUCAAAUUUGGGUCAGGGGUGAGGGUUUCAACGUCACAAGCUUGCAAGAUGGCGCUGGGAAGGCUGUGAGAUGAGAAAACAGGAUGGCUAUUUGAAGACCUUCUUUCGAUGUAUUAAGGUUGUGUAGGUGCAGAUAAGAAGAAGCUGGAAAUGGAAUUGCCAAAUCAUGCCAAACAAUUGCUGCUGCAGCUAAACCAACAAAGAGCCAAAGGUUAUCUGUGUGAUGUGAUCAUAGUGGUAGAAAAUGCCCUCUUCCGGGCCCACAAGAACAUCUUGGCAGCCAGCAGUAUCUACUUCAAGUCCUUGAUCCUCCACGAUAACUUGAUAAAUCUGGACACAGACAUGGUCAACCCGUCCGUGUUUCGGCAGGUACUAGACUUCAUUUACACCGGCAAGCUUUUGUCCUCAGACCAGGUCAAUGACCACAAUUUCAGUGCCCUCCUAACGGCAGCAAGCUACCUCCAACUCCACGACCUGGCUGCCCUGUGUAGGAAGAAGCUGAAGCGCACCGGGCGGUCUCUCCUCAACAAGCCGACCACACCCACCAAUGGACGAACCUCCCGCAACCAAAGGCUGUCCUCCACCCCCGUCACUCAGAUGCAAAUGUCAGGGUUAAAAGACAGCGAAAAGCCUAAGCGGCAGCAGGACGAAGAGUUGUCCGAGGACGAGAUGUUCAUCGGGGCCACGGCCAACUCCCUCAGUCCUUCCACCAGUAAGAACGGAAGCAACGGCACCAUGACCAGCAACAAUAACAAUAUCAGCAGCAGCAACAACAACAACAACAGCGGGGGCAUCCAGGAGCUGGGCCUGGACCUGUCCAAGAAGAGCCCGUCUGGGAGCACGGCCACGGAAGAAGUUAGCCCCAGCAGCAUCCCCCAAGAAUCACCUCAAUCUGCCUCAGAAUCCACAGCCAACAGUGCCUCGUUUGAAGAGAACACCACCAACCCUCAGAGCCUGGUCGGUGGAGAGCCCAUGGACCUCGGGGACGGCGGGGGAGACAGCGAGGAAGGCCCGCCGCCCGCCGACGCAGACAAACACAGCAAGGUCCCCUCGCGCGCGCGCUCGCGCCCCGCCGCCCGGAGCCGACCGCGGGUCAAAGGCGAAGCCAACAAGGCCGACGACUCGGAGCGCGCCGCGCUGCCCAACGGCGUGGCCAAGCGGCUGAACAACACCAUCGGCCCGGACGGCUCCUACCAGUGCAAGGACGAGGAGGAGGGCCUGGAGAACGGGCAGGAGCAGAGCGAGGAGAGCGGCAACAGCGAGGGCGAGAGCGGCGGCCGCAACAGCGCCAACUACGUCUACCGCCAGGAGGGCUUCGAGCCGGCGCUCGGCGACAACCUGUACGUGUGCAUCCCCUGCGGCAAGGGCUUCCCCAGCUCGGAGGAGCUCAACGCCCACGUGGAGACGCACACGGAGGAGGAGCUGUACAUCAAAGAGGAAGAGGAGGAGGACUCCUACCAGAAGGAGGAGGAGGCCGAGGCCGAGGACCUGUCGUCCCAGGCGGCGCUGGCCGCGGGCGGGGAGGCCCGGCGCUUCAGCUGCUCGGUGUGCAGCCGGAGCUACAAGGAUCCGGCCACGCUCCGCCAGCACGAGAAGACCCACUGGCUCACCCGGCCCUUCCCCUGCAACAUCUGCGGCAAGAUGUUCACGCAGCGCGGCACCAUGACGCGCCACAUGCGCAGCCACCUGGGCCUCAAGCCGUUCGCCUGCGAGGAGUGCGGCAUGCGCUUCACCCGCCAGUACCGGCUGACGGAGCACAUGCGCGUGCACUCGGGCGAGAAGCCAUACGAAUGUCAGCUGUGCGGUGGCAAGUUCACGCAGCAGCGCAACCUCAUCAGUCACCUCCGAAUGCACACCUCCCCGUCAUAAGCCAAAGACUGCCAGCCCAGGAAAACCCUCUUACCUACAACAAUAAGCGCGUCUCACGUCAAAAAAAAGAAAAGAAAAGCGCACACUCUUACUUCAAAAGUAGGUGUCAAGUUAGUUUUGUCUGGAGCGAGAGAGAGGAUAGGUGAGUUUUUCUCCUGCCUUCCAAGUUGGGAGAAGUGGUCAAUAUUAAGGAAGUUCCAACCAUGGAAAAAAACAUCAUGAUCUCCUCAAAGAAAAGAAAUCGGUAUGAUUUUUUUUUAUUUUCCUUUUUUUUUUUUUUUUAACUGACUUUACUACAUGCUGUGAAUGUAUGGUUGGGGUACUUAUGCUGUUUUUGUGACGACUUCAUAGGACAACCAGACCACUACAAACAAGAUGCAGUCUGUUUGGCAGUAAGCUUUCAUUUCUGUGAUGUCUCGUGUCCAGUUGGUCUGGGGGUUUUGUUGGUAUCCCAAACAUACACACUUUAUCUCCUGAUCAGUAUCCUGCUGUGGCGUAUUGGCUUGGGAAAGGAGAAUCCUAAAGUCCGUUAAGGAAGUCCUUGAGACAAAUAGGUAUAUUGUGACCAUAAGAUUAUUAUAAACGUAUAUUUUAAAUUCAGAGGAAGAUUUAAGAAGAAAAAAAAACUUUCCCGUACUAUGGCAAAUAAGUGUUUCCAGGGGGUCUCAAAGAUAGUGUUGUCAGACAUACCAAAAGUAGGAACUGUCUGAAUUCAUUACUGUGGUGUUUCAUGAAAGCUUUGUGCAUCCAACCAAACAUUUCCUUUGAUUUCUGCUCAAUACCACGUGUCCACAAUGAUGCCUCUCUGUGUCGCUGGACUAGUUGUCCUGAUGGGUUUCAAACCAGCUGUCCUCAAAGUGAAUUGGCUGUAUGACGAGCCAUCCCAUAUGCAGGGCUUUUUUUCACCUUAGGAGAGGAAGGUUCUUCACUUUCUCUCUCUCUCUCUCUCUCUCUCUUCCUCUCUUCCAAAUAGUUUGCUGUCUUUGGAUAAACCUUUUAUGUUGGUAAAAAAUACAUUUUAUUUUCAUACAUUUCGAUUUCAACAUCUGAACCGCGGACCUUUCUCACCCCUUUUUUCCUUUUUUUUUUUGAAGUGCCCUCCAUCUUGAAAGACUGGUCAUCAUUUGCAUACUUUAGCACUUUUGGUUUGAAACCCAUGUUCCUGCAGGCUGUCCCAGUGGCCGCAGGAGAGUAAUUAUAAACCCAUACACACAUCAAUCCACAGCUCAGUUACACCUGGACAGUCUUGUGGGAACGUGGUACGAGAAAUCAUUGGAAUCUUUUUAAGCUGUGUCGUUUACUCAUAGUAUAUAGGGGUUUACUCAAAGAAAAAGCCAAACAAAAUGGUACUUGUUUUAGAUAACUUAUUGUUAUGCUUCUGUGAAUGUUUAAACUGGAAGUUCUUUUGAUAUUUCCUUUGGGGAUCAGUGACGGGGUUGGCUUGGGUGAUGGGUUGGGUGGGGACUCUUUAGUGAAUGUCAAGCUUCAGAUUCUGUUGGUACUGUUGUGUUUUUACAGUUUUGUUUUUCCCUCACUGAAAAAAGGCAGGUCUAUUUGAAUAGUCCUGUCACAUUGCUACCUCUUAAUUCUUCUUAAGAACAAUACAUUCAUUAAUGGAAAUAUGGGGAUUCCUGACAUGUAUAAAAGUUUGCUGAGGCUUUUCAAAUAUUUGUAACCUGCCCAUCUCUCAACAAAGGUUUUAAUGCUACAUUUACAAAGUUUUAAACCUAUUAUAGUAGAAAAUAGCUUCUUGGACGCAUGUAUUUAAGGUAUUGUAAUUUUCUUGCCUAGUGCAAAUGAUGAUGAUAAAAAUGUAAAGUUUAUGUAAGUGAAAUCCAAAGAGAAGAUAUUGUCAUGGAGAAAUGGCUACAAACUAAACUUUCCUGUAGAAGUUCACAACCAAAGUGUUUCAAUAUUGGAAAUCGACACUGCAGCUGAUGAAAUAUGAUCUCUCCCAAGCAUAUAUAUAAAUAUAUAUAUUUCUUUUUUUUCCUUAGUUCUUGACAGAGUGCAACAUAGUGGGAAAAUUUCUGUUAGUCUUUGGCAUUGUACUAAAACCAAUGAUCACUUGUGUUAAACUUCUGCUGAUCGGUGGGCCGGUGGCUUUGCCUUUGAAGUUUACAGUAGUCUCUCAACAGUGUCUUUCUGUCUCCAUGUCCUUACUUCGACUUCAGGAGGACUUUUUGUUGAAGAACUUCAGAAGGACUAAUUUAUUUUAGUUCAGACCAAAAAUUAGAAAAAAAAAAAGAAAACAAAAAAAGUUGAAACUGAUUAGGACGUUUGUUAGGUUUGUGUGUUACAUGUUGACCAUACUUUUGGAAGAUCAUUGAGGGAGGAAUGGAUGCACUGGAUUGAUUUUUUUUAUUUUCUGUCAUGGUUUCUCUUAGUAUCAAUAGAAAUUGUCUCAGGCUGAACUUUUGCCCACUUGAGUGGCAUCUUACCACAAGUAUCACUGUUGACCAAUGUUGUGAGAAAAAGGAUUGCAUGGUUUCAGAAUGUUUUAAUUAUCCAAUAGAUACUUUGUUGACAGUUCUCUGAGGUUACUGACACUAGGGUGAAUGUUACGUAAUCCAGAUUGACAAGGCAACACUGGUGCAUGUAAACUUCUGCUGAAUUCCUCGAUGCCAUUUCUUGCAAAAGUUUAAGACAGAUUCACAAAACUCCAAAGGCCAAUUCCAGUGUAUUGCAUUCCUUGUGUAAAUCUUAGCCUUCUCAAUGCAACUCCCGUCAGCAUUCCGUUUUGGGUUGUUUUUUGUUAUGGUUCUUUCUCUUAAAGUCCAAUGCGAGGGGUUUUUACUGUCGAUGACCGUAGGAUGCAGCUAUAGUCAUUAUGAACUGUUGAGCACUGUUUACAGGCAACUUUAUCCUGGAAUCAUAGCCCCCCCACUCCCCUGCCACAGUCUGUUUAUGAAGUGUGUUCUUUUAUCUCAGACGUUACACAGCCACGGUUGGGUAACGCUGUCUGUGUUUGGGACCAUCGUUUUUUUCUUUUUUUUCCACCACCUUGAAGCGAAGAUGGGAAAGAGCCCAGGUCAUGUUUGGUUCUGUUUCCUUUUUUUUUUUUUUUUUUUUUUACUAGCGCUGGGGGAAACGGGGUAGAUCAUCUCACAUGAUGAGCCGGUGGGCUUGUCGUGGACGGAGUCCACUAAAGUUUAUUACCAACCGUGCUGGGCUGAGAUCUGCCGCUGCACACCAGUGCUUUACAGCCGGUCAUUAUCUUCGCUGGUGUUCUCAUUGUCACCCGUACAUUUUUAUAAUAGUGAUCUCUGGCAUAGAAUGGCAAAAAAUAUAUGCUUUAACUUCACCCAUGUUUUUCUGUCGAGCUGGUUGCCAUUAACCCACUUAACUCCUCAGCUCAGACUUAAUUUUCGUAAUGUUUUUUCCCCCUUCCCUUUUCUUCCCUUGUCAUCCAUUAUUACGGAGGUGGAUUCCAGGAGAAAGUUGCUGUUGAUCUCUUGCAUACUUGUCAGCACUUAAUCAGUUUUACCAUCAAUGUCUAUGAGGAGAAGUGUUGGGUGGCAAGAUUUUCUUUUCUCGUAGGCAUUUAGAUUAUAGCUGAGAACUGUAGAAAGAGAGAGCAGGGGGGUGGGGGGAAGACGACAAAGUUUCAAACUGUGACAAUAAUAUUUCUACUUCAAGACUUCAGGGAUGGUUCUGCAGCUUUUAAAUGUGGAACUUUCAACUACAUUUGUAAGACUGUGUCAAUACUGUGUCAAUUUCUGUAUUUUAAUGAUGAAAAGCAAAACACUAGUUUCCUAUGAAAAUAGAUUUUAAGAGAGUGUGUCCCAUUUCAAACAGCGCCUUGAAAGAAAGGUAGGGAGUGUUCAUGAAAAAAACUACUUUAACCUCCAGAAUGUUUUAGAACAAAAAAAAAUAGUAGUAAGCAUAAAUUGUAUAAACAACAAAGAUUAAAAAAAGCUCAUACCCAAAUUUACAGACUAUUUUCUAAACCAAAGCACAUUUUGAAUGAUUGACAGCUUGUCUGGUAUAGAGAUACUUGUGUAUAAUCUCAUUGUUUACAUAAACUCUUACAGUUUCAGACCUCAGGUGAGGAGAGGCCAAUCGGAGAACGCUUCUGUGUAGGUCACCGUCUGAAAGGAAAAAAAAAAAAUCUCAAAAUGCAUUAGUUAUCUUGUACAACAACAAAACCCGUAGCUGUAUGUCUUUAAGGGGUGUGGUUGGGCAUCCUCAUAUGACUGCUAGGGGUAUUUGACUUUUGACCAACCACUCUGUGAUUGCCUCUACAGACAUGCUGAGGAAAAAAGCGAUUGUAGCCUAUAGGCAAACAAUAAGCAUUUUUGAAGAACAUAUCUCUUAAGUGCAUAAAAAUUGACUUUUAUCAGAAUACUCUGCUGCUUCAUUUUUUUUGUUUGUUUAUUUAGUGUUUUGUUUUAUUUUUUGCUUUUUUUUUUCCAAAGCUAUGUAAAUAGGCGUGGAAACCGUGAACACAAAACAAAUUUACCUCAAAGUAAAUCUUUUAGGAUUUUACUUGCUGCAUAUGUUGUGGAGUGGAAAGAGUCCUCUGUCUUUCCUCUCGGUGUUUAGUCUUUUCUAUUAGUAUGUUGCCGUCGCUGUUUUUGUUCAAUGAGCUGCCUGUUUGUGGAAAAAAAGAAGCUCCUACGCUCAGACUGGCCUCUCCUCAAAACCACAUUGGUGCAAACACUUAUUGACAGUGUUCACUUUUUUUAUCAAAUGUCUAUUGUCAGUGAUGAAUGUAUUUAUUUGUUUUUGGUUUUUUUUUUUUUAUCCUGUUUUCACUUUGCUAAAAAUUCACUUUGGGUGAGAUAAGGUGUUUCAGGGUCUUGAUUUUACGUUGAAAGCAAGCAGAGAGAAAUUCUGAAAGAUUACAAAAGCAUGAUGACGCAGAACAGAGCCAUAACCUCCCCCUUAGUUUAACCCACAAGAACCGAAGAUAGAGAAGGAAUGUACAGGUCUCGUGAUGUGCUCAUCAGAAAGAAAGGGUGGAAUUAAUAUCACUUAAUAAUCCUUAUCUCACUCAAAGCAUGCAUGUGCUCCGAAACGUGUUUUCCUGUAAUGGACACUUGAAAGCUGUUUGUCGAUUUUAAAUGUGACCCCGUGUCUGUACAGUUCCAUGACUUGACUCGGAAUGGGGACCUUUAGAAUGGUGGAACAGACUCAAGUAUGUGGAACCAAUAAUUUGAAGCCAAGUAGGUGUUGUCAUAUGUCCACGCAUCAAGGCUUUAUUGCUUGACGUCUCUCUUUCAUGCGAAAAAAUGGCUUUUCUUUCUCACUAGUAACACAUGAAGGCCAAAGCUUUUUGUAAAAAAUGAACAUUUUACCUCAUGCAGAGUGCCCAGCUCUAGUCGCUUUUAGUUUACACACGCCGUUCACCCACAUCUUAAUGUUUUAUAGAGGUAUAUUUUGAGCUUGAUGAACUGCACUUUCAAUGCCUUUUACAUGUUCCUUAUUUCAUCACUUUAUCACCUCACUUUGUCCUUCCAAAGCUUUAAACCAAGUGCGCAAAAAAAAUGUAAGGUGCUUGGCCACAAAGUGAACUUCUCUUCUGCUGUUGCUGCUGCUAGAACAGUGUUCAUCAUUGCUCAUUUGUUUUCACUUUCAAACAGACACUAGAGCCGCUCAUUCUCAUCUCUCAUAGCACAUCCUCUUCAGUGCGCCACGUAGGGCAAACUGCUAUAGAGCUACCAAACCUGAGUCAACCAAACCAAAGUCUCUUGUAUGUAGGCCAGGUGGGGUUUGCUCCAUUUGUCAUGAGUUUCAGGCCAUGGCAUCACCCAACUGUGGCAACCAUGCCAACAUGUUCAACUCUCAAUCCACUGUUAGGCCAUCACACACUCUCCACCAUUGCCGACUGCUGCAGAUUAUUAUUUUUUUUUUCUUUCAUUGUUAAUGGAGCAGCUUUGUAGUGGCUGGUGCUGGAGGUGUUGGCUUAUAGAUGCAUCCCUCUAGGCUUCUAAAACAUGUGAGGCUUUUUUCCCUUUCUGAAUAUACCUUUGUCGGUUUAAAUAUAUAUAUAUUUUUGGUCUUUCAUAAGAGCCUUGAGCAUGGUACUCUGACAACACCACGGUUUCACGUUUCAAUUCCUCGGAGAGCUUGUAUUCAGGUCAGAGCUACAUGGGAAACGUGCAGCUCAAAUUUUUGUGUUAUGUGAACACAAUACAAUGUACAGAGGUGAAGUCAUCUUGGCAUCCACAGUCUUACAGUCUUAAUGUACAGCUAUGAGAAGUCAUUUUAGAAUCUUUUCAUUAAAAACCUUGAUCAAGAAA